AUGGAGAAAGAAAAGAAGAAAGGAGACAAAAAAGGAGAUAAGUCAACCCGUUCUCCCUCCUCUCUCUCUGAUUAUCCAGACUUUUCCAAGCAAGAUGGCAGUGCUAUUAGGCAAGAGCUGCCCUCAGCAGGUGCCAGCCUGCCGUUGGAAGUGUCAUCCACCCCACCAGUCCCCAAAAGAGAAUCGGAAAGUAUUCCUGAUACUGAAGAUGCCACUCAGUUCGAAGAGCCUGUUCUAACCAAGCUCAUAGUGGAAAGGUACCAAGGGGAGAAGAUCCGAGGGCUGUAUGAGGGAGAAGGCUUUGCUGAGUUUCAAGGUGGCGCCACCUACCGUGGAAUGUUUUCAGAAGGCCUCAUGCAUGGCCCAGGGACUUACAUUUGGGCCGAUGGAGUGAAGUAUGAGGGGGACUUUGUGAAAAACAUCCCAAUGAACCAUGGCACGUAUACGUGGCUGGAUGGCAGCACAUAUGAAGGCGAGGUGAUCAACGGCAUCAGGAAUGGAUUCGGCAUCUUCAAGUUCAGCAAGAAGCCUGUGUCCUACAUGGGCUACUGGUGUGACGGCAAGAAGCAUGGCAAGGGCACCGUUUAUUACAAUCAAGAGGGCACCUCAUGGUAUGAGGGAGACUGGGUAUACAAUGUGAAGAAGGGCUGGGGAAUCAGACGUUACAAAUCUGGAAACAUCUAUGAAGGCCAAUGGGAUGACAACCUUCGGCAUGGGGAGGGAAGGAUGCGAUGGCUGACCACCAACGAGGAGUACAUGGGCCACUGGGACAGGGGGGUGCAGAAUGGCUUUGGAAAAUACACAUGGUUUCAAAAGAGAAUCCCCAACUCCCAGUACACCAUGAGGAACGAGUACAUCGGGGAGUUCGUGGACGGGUGUCGCCAUGGACAGGGGAAGUUUUACUAUGCCAGUGGAGCCAUUUUUGAGGGCGAGUGGAUUUGUAAUAAGAAGCAUGGUGCGGGCAAACUGACUCUCAAGAACGGCCAUGUGUUUGAAGGCUUGUUUUCCAAUGACCACAUCACACACCUUCCAGAUUUUGAUGCUGAAUUUGUACCUUACCUGGAGCCCUCCUCUAGCAAGGCCCCGGUCAGCAAGGAGGCUGGACACAUGUCUCCAUCCGCCACCCGCCAGGACUGUCCCCGCAUGCUGGAGAUGACCAAAAACCUGAUCGACAGAGACGGUCCUUCCAUAUUAGGAUCGGCCGUCGAGUUGGAGCUCUCUUGGUUAUUGAAUAUGUACCCUAAGGAGGUGCAGGCCGAAGAGAAGCUCCAGGUGGAAUGCGCCAUCUUAAGAAACAUUACAGAGUUAAGAAGAAUCUAUUACUUCUACAGCAGUCUGGGGUGUGACCACUCUCUGGAUAACACCUUCCUGAUGACACAGCUCCGCUUCUGGAGAUUUCUAAAGGACUGCAAGUUCCAUCACCACAAUAUCACAAUUGCCGAGAUGGACAGGGUCUUAAGCACCAAUAACAGCAUCCCUGUAGAAGAGAUUCACUCUCCCUUCCGAACAAUUCUUCUGAGAAACUUUUUGAGUUACCUCCUGCAGCUGGCUUACCACAUUCACCACAAAGAAUACCAAAACAGAAGCCCAUUGCUGUCUCUGUGCUUUACCAAACUGAUGGCUGAGAACAUUCGCCCCAACGCCUGCCAGGUAAGAGGAAACUUAUUCAGUGAGCAACAGCGGACGCUGUACUCCAUGAAUUACAUCGAUAAGUGCUGGGAGAUUUACAUGGCUUACUGCAGACCCAGCAGAGCUCAGCCCUACGAGCUCACAAUGAAGAUGAGGUACUUCCUCUGGAUGCUAAAUGACUUCAGAAUGAUAAAUAAAGAACUAACAGCAACCAAGUUUAUGCUCGUAAUAGCUGAGGACAACCCCUUUGUACAUGAUGGAAUCGACAGCAACUUUGAGUUUGAGUUGGUUUUCCUGGAAUUCUUCGAAGCUCUCUUGUGCUUUGCGGUCAACUGUAUUCCUGACCAACUGACCGAGUCCUGUUUAAACCUGCCCUGCACUAAUUUGCUUGGAAACAAACACGUGAGCAUUUACACGAUAAUAAGCCAGACCCACAGGAGCACCAGCGCUGGCAGCCCCGAGUCCGACAUUGUUCAUUUGAGCAGCAAGUCCUCUUCAACCAAGUUGGGAGUCCUGCCUGAAGGCAAAAUCAAAAGAUCCGAGGUCUGUGUCCCAGAUGGGCUGUAAGCAAGCAAACUAAGUAAAAACAUGAGGUCCUCAGUUCAAGACUUGGUAUGGGGCUCUCCCCACAAAGAGAAACACGAGAAAAGCCUGGAUGAACAGAAGGAGAAGGUGAACACAUGGGUCAGCAGGCUGUACAUGUUCUUCGUGAACAGGCUCUUCCAUGCCUUCAAGUGCGAGGAAGUCAUCAAGGAGAAGAUGAAGGAAAAGCAGCAGCAAGACGCCAUCCUUGCCCAGCAGAGGAAGGCGGAAGAGGAGGAGCUAGAAGCGAGGAUGAUCAUCUUAAGGACGGAGGAGAUAAAGAAAAAGGAGUCCCCAAUUGAGAUCCCUGAGGAGAGGGAGCCUGCAGAUAUGCUGCCCAUACUCCCGCUGCUCACACUCGGCUCCCCCAAGGAAGACAGGGCUAUGUCCCAAGUCAGCAGGAUCGGCCGAAACAAAAAGAAGAAGAAGUAG